AUGAAGGUCACCGCCCUUUUCAUGUCUCUGAUCUUCGCAUACGCCACAGCAGACGAUAUCUGCUGUGUUCCAAACUUUGAUCCCAGCCAAGGAAACUGCGAAAUUGGUAUUCCCGCCUGCUGCGACGGAUUCAUCCGUAAACACCCACGCUGUGGAGCAGAGACCACACUAGGCGAAUGGUUCUCCUUCUCCCGCGAUCAGACUGGCUUGCUUCCGGGUGGUGGAAAUCCCAGUCAAUGUUCACCUGGCGGUAGACAGGGUGUUUGGUACUGUGUGCGUAACUAG